ACAAACGCCUCAGACGAGUGAACAAGACGCCUGUUUGUGUUUAUUUAGAGUGCUGAUGAGUUUCUCUACUGUUCUCUCGAUUCUCGUCUUAUGGCGUUUUGGGCCUCAUAAGGUCCCUUUUUGAUUAUUGGCCCUCUUCCCCCCCCCGCCAGCAUGUGUAUCAUAGUACAAGGCUUGAAAUGAAAACCUGUUACUAGUGGUGGGCCUGGAAAUGUCGAAGCGCAGCUGCCCCUGGUCUGAUGGCACCCCGCAGAGGAAAACGUGUGUGAAAGAGGGGACGGUCAGCCGGGAGGCUCAAAGAAUGGCUGUGUAUGAGCGCACUAGAGCCUUGCUCUUUUCUGGUGCCUGCUCUACGCGUCCGGCUCCGGCCCCUCCUGCAUCCCCUUGUACCCCACCCAGACGGGGUGCUGUUAGGGGGGGACAGAUGCGCUUGGGAUCCAGGGGAGAAUUACUGAGAAGCCCUAACAACACAGAUGAGUCCUCCACCUCCGUCUGUGCACUGUGUGAGCGUCCAUUGUUCAACAGCGCUGCCUGUGGAAGGUGUGAGAAGGUGGUGUGUGUGCAGUGCCAGCGGCAGUGCCACCUCUGCCUUCGGGUGCACUGCUUCAUCUGCUGUCAACCCAACUACAGCGAGCGCUAUGAACGGAUGUUCUGCGUAGACUGCAUUCCACAAUAACUGCACUUCCCUCUGGUUGCUGUCCUGGAGGAAGGAGUGUUUUCCACCCCUGCUGCAUGUGUACAGUCCGCUGUAAUUCUACUGUGAAGCUGUGACAUGGCAUUUUUCAUGGAAAGCCACUUGUUUUUUUUUUUCUUUAAUUUUUAUACUGUUGUAAACAUCCUUACAUCUCAUUCAGAACUUGUUUACUGCUGAAGUACCAAAGCCCAUCCCACUUACUGUGUAAUCAUCAGUAUCAAAAAGUUUCCAGAGGUUCCCAAGGUCUGAGAUACUGUUAUCUAGUCCCAGAUACCUAAAAUGAAUUUCAUAACUGCAAAAAAUCUCACCAUAUUUGAAUAAUAAAAAGUGUUUUAUCUGUUCUGUAGGUAAUUUCUGAUUUAAAUAUGUUAUGAUUAUAAAAAUUGGAUGUUCUGGACCAAGAGUAUCUUUAUGCCAAAAUAAAAAGUAUAAUUUAUGUAUAUAUGUAAAAAGUAUAUUCAUAUUUAUUUUCUUGCAUCUGUCAGCAUGAUACUUCAAUCGCGAGGGUCCCAGUCUUAUACUUGACCUAAAUGAGCUGUUAUGUGAAAAUUACAACUGACACUUGUUUGAUAUUUGUGAUGUCUGAACAUUCUACCUGAAGAGAUUAAAGAGUGAAACCCAAGACAGUCUAGCCUGUAUCCCACAACUACUGAACUGUGUACUUUUAUUUGUACCCCUUGGCAUCCUCCGUGGCCCAGAGAAUGAAA